GGCGGCGGCUGAGGCGGCUGAGGCGGCGGCGUGCGCGAUGGCUCCCGCCGCGGACCGCGAGGGCUACUGGGGUCCUACGACGUCCACACUGGACUGGUGCGAGGAGAACUACGCGGUGACCUGGUACAUCGCCGAGUUCUAUAUACUCCUGUGAACCCAUCACCACAGUCAAGAUUUGAACAUAUUCAGCCUCCAAAAAAGUUACCUUGUGCACCUUUGUUGCUUCAUUGGUUGUUUCAGGGAAUACAGUGAGUAACCUGAUUAUGAUUAUACCUCCAAUUUUUGGUGCAAUUCAGAGUGUUAGAGAUGGACUGGAAAAGCGGUACAUUGCUUCUUAUUUAGCACUCACAGUGGUAGGAAUGGGAUCCUGGUGCUUCCACAUGACUCUGAAAUAUGAAAUGCAGCUAUUGGAUGAACUCCCAAUGAUUUACAGCUGUUGUAUAUUUGUGUACUGCAUGUUCGAAUGUUUCAAAAUGAAGAACUCUGUAAACUACCAUCUACUUUUUAUCUUAGUUCUGUUCAGUUUAAUAGUAACCACAGUUUACCUUAAGGUAAAGGAGCCUAUAUUCCAUCAGGUUAUGUAUGGAAUGUUGGUCUUCACAUUAGUACUUCGAUCUAUUUAUAUUGUUACAUGGGUUUAUCCAUGGCUCAGAGGACUUGGUUAUACAUCCUUGGGUAUAUUUUUAUUGGGAUUUCUAUUAUGGAACAUAGAUAACAUCUUUUGUGAUUCACUGAGGAACUUUCGAAAGAAGAUGCCACCUAUCAUAGGUGUUGCCACACAAUUUCAUGCAUGGUGGCAUAUUUUAACUGGCCUUGGUUCAUAUCUUCACAUCCUUUUCAGUUUAUAUACAAGAACUCUUUACCUGAGAUACAGGCCAAAAGUAAAGUUUCUCUUCGGAAUCUGGCCAGUGAUCCUGUUUGAGCCUCUCAGGAAGCACUGAUGAAUUAUUUCACCAAGAAAACAAAAAAGCACCUACCAUAGGCCUGGCCAAAUGAAUGAGGAAAUCCUUAAAGAUCCACACAUUCAAAUAUAUCAUGACCAUCAGAGCAAAGGAGUGACUUUCUGACUAAUUCUGCCAGUUGCACAGAGAAUAAGGAAUGGGGCUCGUUGGUUGUUUAGCUUGUGUCUUUAUCUCAUUUGUCCUCCUCCUCCUCACCCUUACCCUAAGAUGUUUAAAAAGAAACAGACAUGAUGUGUGUGUGUAUACUUGGAUGCUGGAAAAAUGAGGCUUUUCCUAACAGGUUAACAGUUUGUGUGGAUCAUAGGAAAUUAACCUUUACCCCUUUUUUGAUAAGGGUUGCAUGUGAAUUAUACUUUGCUUAAUAUUUGAUUAAAUAAUCAGAACAGUCAGCUAAGUAUUGGCAAAACCCCAUAUCCAGAUGGCCAGCUGUGGGGCAGCACUUAGCCCUGUCAGCCUUGAUUUAUAUUCUUGUCAUACUAACCUCAUGAAUGGUUUUCCAAGGUGAAAAAGAGCUAUCUGUGGAAUUCUGGUAGUUCUUCACUGUCUGUCUUUGUGCUAGUCAGCAGAUCAUAAGCAAGCUCCAGUCUGCCACUAGGUUCCACACUUGCCAUAUCCCAAUUUGCAGUGGGCUCUGGGGUGUCUGUGUGCAGCCACAGCCAAUCAGAGUGGGUGGGUCACCUUGUAAUAUUUAUGAGACCAUGAGGACAUCUGCAGAAUGUUAUACCUCUAGCCAGUUAAAGGUGGUUUCUUAGUUUUCUUUGAUCUUCGUAGAUUUUUAAGUUGUCACUGGUUUCUUGGCUAGGCAAACAUGAUUGGUGGUCUGGCCUACCCAUAUUCCAUCCUCUUAGCAUAACUUAUUUGAGGUUACCAGUAAAUGUUAUUACACUCUGACUUUUUAAAUUAUACCAUAUUUUCCAGUUUUCAGAGAGGCAGUUUUCAGAGGCUAUGGUUAUGCCCAGGGAAAUGUGUCAAGUUAACUAGAGCUAAAAUGAUCAGGAUCCUCUUUACCUAAAGCUUAUUAGAAUAUCUGCCCCUUCAUUUUUUGAAGGACAUAGACAUAAAGAGUUGGGAACAACUUACUCUAACUUACUUGAACUUAUAACAGAAUUCCCCAAAAUUAAAGUGUGAGAAAUGGCAGUGAAAUAUCAUUGUAAGGCAGCUAGUUCUAAUUUGGGUUUGAAUGUAUAACAAAUUGAAUCACUUUUCACAAAGAUAACACCUGUCUGGAGUAAAAACCGGAUUUGUCCUGUUUACUGAUAUAUCACCAUAUUUGUAGUUCCUUACCAGUUAGCAUUGUUGCAACUUUUUCCUGUUCUUGCAUUAUAAAAUCCGGAUUGUUUUUACCACAUGGUGACAUUGACCCAGAUUAAAUCCUGAAGCUACAGCUUCAAAGGGAAAGUCAUUCUUUUUCUUAUGCAAAAGUAUAAAACACUUCUGUCGUUUCUCCAGUAUCUAGUAAGUCACCUUGGUACAAAUUUAAAACCAAUACAAAUUUUAUUGCUUUUCUUCACCUAGUAGCCUUAGUUUUAGUCCAGGUACCAUUUUUCCUUACCUUAGCAUGCCAACAUGCCAUUAGGCAGAUACUUCUGCCUACUUUUAUGAUCCUCCAGUAAGAAAAACACUUGCCAAAACAAAUCUAAAGAACUUUGGUCGUGCCUUAAGAAAAUCUAAAACUAAGCCGUUCCAACACACAGGCCGUAAGAUUGUUCUUUGCCAUGAGAUUCUGACUUGUGGCUACAUUUCAUGUGCAGCUACCGACACUAUCAGCCAUCUUACAUUUUUUUAAUAAGUUGAUUUGUUUCACACCAUUGUCUUUGUGUACUUUUCACUCAAAAUACACUCCUGUGUACAGAAUCUAUAUAUGGCAACAAAGGCACAGCCUUCUUGACAGUGCAGCUAGGUGUGGUGAAACUGAGUUUCUGUGUAUCACAGUCAGAUAAGGUGUGGAGAGCCUCCCCCUCCUCUGACAGUGGGGUCUUUUCCUGCAGUUUGCUGAAUGAACAAUUCAGCCACCACUCUAUGCAGUCAGUCACUUGUUGAAGAAAGUUGCCCAACACCUCGGUGGAGAAGUAUGGGCAUCACUGGAUGACUUAUAACGCUGUGGCCAGUUCUUCAGAGAUCCUUGUUUCUGCUAUGAAAACAGCAGCAUGAAAGCAAAAGGCAUUUUAGAAGUGUCGAACAGAAAGCAGAGACUGAAUCCAGACUCUAACUCUCCAAAUUAGUGUGUGCCUCACAUAUGGUUCUCUUUCUAGCAGCCUAAGUAUUCGCACAUUCAAGACUGUUUGUGUGCCAUAGUGAGAAUUAUGGAAAUACUGCUGACCUUCAGGAUAUCACUAAAUCGACUUUAUUUCAAUGCCUUUAUUUUUCCCUUCUAGGAUUCUGGGUGGCCACCAUAGGGUUGGAUUACUACUCCCUUCUCUUUAUGUUCUUGGCAAACUUCCUGAAGUAGAGUAUACAAAAAACCUGUUUGCUGCUGAGUAAAUGGUAGUUUGUUUACAUAUUA